AUGAGUCUCCUUGACAUGACCAACAGACGUGACCCGCCCAAAGCGGUCGUAGAGAAGACCAUAUACAAUGCUUGUCUAAAAGGACACUAUCGCGUCGUGAAGGAGCUUUUAAACUGCAACGUUAACCCGAAUUCAAAGUGUGAUCUCGGUACUCCUAUGUAUGCAGCCGUCAUGGCCGAUAGUCUUGAAGUGGUUAAGCUAUUGGUGGACCGUGGGGCGGAGUACAGGCGAGUGGUUGGUGGGUUCAGUCCUGUAUUUGCUUCCUGUGUUGAAGGACGGAUGAAGAUACUGAGGUACCUGGUCAAUGCCGGAGCUGAUCUGAGGUGUAUUAAGAACCCACCACUUGUAUUCACUGCUUGUAUGCAGGGUCACUUGGAGAUAUUCAAGUAUCUCAUGACUGAAACUGAUUUCGAUGUGAACUGGACGAUAAAUCAAGAAGAUGCUGCUAAAGUUGACGGUAAAGAUAGUUUAUUAUACGUAGCAGCAUCGAGCAGGAGACUUGAAGUAGCCGACUACCUCCUGCAGCAAGGAGCCAUCAUAACUCAACUGAUAAUAUCACGUUUCUCUGACUUCAUUAAAGACUUGCUUGCAAAGAGAGUCAAACCCAGUUCACAUCAGAAGAACUCCGCAGGCGAGCCACUCGUCUCCGCCCGAUGGAGGGAACUGGGUCUAGCCGAGCUGCCAUGGAGUUUCCUGUCCUCUUUUAAUACUCGACUCACGAAACUGGAACUGAGGGCAAACAGGCUUUCUACGCUGCCCGAGGAGAUCUUCCAAAUGCCUAAUCUUAAGACUCUUGAUGUUAGUCAGAAUAUAUUGCCAGAGCUAUCACAAGAUGUUGUACCUUGGAACUGUUUGAAUCUAACAGAGCUUGAUGCUAGUAGGAAUCAGAUUUCUUAUGCUCCUAGUGGCGUGUUCUUGCUCCCAAACUUGACAUCUCUCAACCUUUCAUACAACUUGCUUCAAAGACUACCUGGUGAUCCAGAAGAUGCCUGUCCUAAUCUCACUUGGAGAUGUGACCUCCUCAAGAAGAUUGAUUUGUCUCACAACAGACUCAGGACACUUCCUGAUACUUUCAAGAGCCUCAGACGACUCAACACAUUCACAGUUUCAUACAACCACCUUCACUCGCUGCCCCCAUCAAUGGGUCUGGGCUGCAUCAAUCUUUAUCUCCCUCUCACCAUGUCCUGGGCCAACUGUCGCAUGAAUAAACUCAGUUUAGCUCAUAAUAAUCUCACGACUCUCACUCACUCACUGGAAGAGGAGCAGACGUAUUCUAGGUCUGGCUCACAUGCCGUGAAUAAGGAGAAGGACGGGGAGAGAAGGAGUAGAGGGUCUACAACCUUAUCAACUAUGUUUAGCGUUAAAAAGAAAAAGCCAGCAAAGUCUCCCUCAGUCUCUCCUCUCCUAACCAAUGCUCCUGAUGCUAACCCACGUGAGCUCCCAUUCGAGGCCUGGUCCAACACUCUACAGACCCUCUACCUUCAAAAUAACAACAUUCAGUUCUUACCCAAUUACCUCGGGAACUUUACAUCAAUAGCUCGCCUUGAUAUGAGCCACAAUACUUCAGUACAUUGUCUCCCAUUGACGUUUGGCCGUCUUAAGAACUGCUGGGAACUCAUCAUGCAUGGACUGGAUAUCACCAACGUCCCCAAGCACCUCAUACCAGGUGUUGGUAGGGGAGCAUCAACCAAACAAUUGAUAGCUUACCUCAAGGCUCAAAUGAAGAAAGCAGAACCUUAUACCAGAAUGAAACUAAUGGCCGUCGGUCUACAGGGUCGCGGUAAGACCACGUUACUCUCAGUAUUACGAGAUCCCAAUAACCAGUUACCUCCUAAUGUAUCGACUGUUGGUGUCUCUGUACACAAAUGGACUGUCAGAGCUCCCAAGGGAAGAAACCUCUCACAAAGACAACAAAUGGACGUUACAUUCAGUAUGUGGGAUCUUGCUGGUCAGGAGGUCUAUUAUGCCACCCACCAGUGCUUCCUCUCUCGUAACACUCUCUAUCUUGUCGUGUGGAACAUGACUGAGGGAGAACAAGGGAUAGAUUAUCUUCGUCCGUGGCUCCUCAACGUUCAGGCUCGUGCUCCCUAUUCCCCCAUUAUUGUUGUUGGUACUCAUUUGGAUAAGAUCCCUCCUAAUCAAGUAGCUGAACUCCGUCACAUGUACCGCUCUCGCAUCCUCAAGAACUAUGAUGCUCAAGGAUACCCAACCAUAUCAGAUAUUUGCAUGGUGUCCUGUGUUACUAAGGAAGGUAUAAGAGAUCUACAGGACAGGAUCCAUGCAGCUGCUCUCAAUGCUAAGGAUCCUGACACACAUGAACAUGUCAUUGGAAUGCAGGUUCCUCGAAGUUAUUGUGUUUUGCAGAAUAUUGUUGAAGAUGAGGCCAAGAGACUCAAAGAGGUGGGGCAGCCUCCGGUACUCAAUCAGAAGGAAUUCUCUGCUUUAGCUGAAAAGACUGAAGACAUUUCUGACCCAGAAGAACUGACACUAGCUGCUCAGUUCCUACACGACAAUGGUGUCAUGCUUCAUUACAACGAUCACCUAAAAGGUCUUAACAACCUCUACUUCAUUGACCCGGUCUGGCUAGCAGACAUGCUAGCGCACAUCAUUACGGUCCCCCAGAAACACUCGUUUGUCCAAAAUGGGAUACUAGUAGAGGCUCGCCUUAGAAUCAUAUUCCACGGUCACCGGGACUAUCCAGAGCAGUACCUCCAACAGUACAUGCAGCUGCUGGAGAGAUUCGAGAUAGCUCUAUCCCUCGGUCAAGGUACUCUACUUGUUCCGUCUAUGCUUCCAGAGCAAAGACCUGCUCUACCGUUUGCAAUGCCACUACCUUCAAGAGUGAAGAGUCCUCCUCAUGAGCCUCGGAGUGUUUCUAGGAGUAAUCUUGCAUUAGGGUCCACGCCUAGCUCCUCUGAAAUGGAGGGAGGGGAAGAAGAGGACAAUGUGUCAAUCACUAGAGUCAUUGAUGGGAAAGUGGUGAGUUGA